AUGACUCUUGCAGAAGAUAAUAACCCUUUUCAAUCCAAUAUAGUUCAUAUCGGUGGCCGGAAGUCCAAGCUUGCCGUGGUUCAAUCAGAAUCCAUUAAGGCAAAAAUAGCUACUCUUCAUCCAGAUUUUUCAAUAGAUGUCCUUGCUUUCUCCACUCUUGGUGAUAAAGUGCAAAACGUCCCACUUUAUUCAUUUGGUGGGAAAUCUCUUUGGACUAAAGAGCUUGAAAUCCUUCUUAUGCACAAAAUCGACCCUUAUGAGAAACUUGAUCUUGUUGUUCACUCAUUAAAAGAUUUACCAACUGUUCUUCCUCCAGAAUUUGAAUUGGGUUGUAUAACUGAACGUGAAGACCCAACUGAUGCACUUUGUAUGGCUAAAGAUUCGCCUUAUAAAACCCUUAAUGAUUUGCCUGAUGGAUCUGUGGUUGGUACUUCAUCGCUUCGUCGUUCUGCGCAACUCAAGAAAAAUUUUCCAAACUUACGUUAUCAAGUUAUUCGUGGUAACGUCAUCACUAGACUUGCAAAACUUGACGAUCCCGAGACACCAUUCAAAUGUAUCGUGCUUGCUACCGCUGGUCUUAAACGUCUUGAUCUUGCACAUCGUAUUACCAUGACUUUGAAUCUUGAUAAUUCUGGAAUGUACCACGCUGUGGGACAAGGGGCUCUUGGUAUUGAAAUUAAGCGCGGUAAUUCUCAUAUCAAGAAACUUCUACAAGAGAUUUCACACAAGCCAACUACUAUCUGUUGUUUGGCUGAACGUGCUCUUAUGCGCACCCUUGAAGGUGGUUGUUCAGUUCCAAUUGGGGUGGAAACUUCUUACGAUCCAAGCACUAAAAAUCUUACUUUGAAAGGUAUUGUGAUUUCUCCAAAUGGUAAAGAAUCUGUGGAAGAUGUUUUUGCUCAGAAAAUUAAUGAUGAUAAUCUAGUAGAAGAUUCUGAAAAUGUGGGAAAAACACUCGCUCACAAGUUGGCUCAAAAAGGUGCAAAAAGAAUUCUUGAAGAGAUUAACUUCGAAAAAAUUAAAUCCGAAGAAGAAUUGGCUAAAAAGAGUGAGGCUGAAAUUCCAAAAGAAACUUUACAAAGAUUGAAAGUUGAGCAUACAGAUUUGCCUUUAACUGAUGGUUUGGAGUUAUGA